AUGACCGAGAUUAGAGUUUCCAGUACAAACCAAAAUGGUAGUAAAAAGGAUGAGACACAGGUUCUUAAAGAUUCAAAGACCGUCAGUGUGAAUACGCAUCUUCGCAGAAAACCCAAAUGGAUUCCGUUUAAAGCAGAGAUCUCAAUGAACUCCGAGGACAGUGAAAGUUCGUCUAGACGCCAGAAAAAUCUUCGAGUAUCAGCAGGGAGUUUUACUCAGCAGCAGAAGCAGCAACAAUUGCGAGGACGAAGGGACUGCGAUCAUUACCAGCGCGAUACCUGGUCUCGUUUGCCUCGUGGAGACAAGAGGAAGACCUAUAACAAUCUAGUUGGAAGAUAUAAAGAGAUUGAUAAGAAUCUUCCUCGCUAUAAUAUUCUCAAUCAUUCAACAAACUCCGAAUCUGGAGAAAACGGGUCUAUCGACGAGUUUAUAACUCCCUUCACAUCCCUUUCAAGGCCUACUCUAUCUUCAUCUCCUUCUACUCCGCAGUAUUACCAAUACUACCAAUACUAUCCUUCUUUGAACGUUCCUAUGGAACCACCUUUAUCUGCACAGUCAAUUUGUUCAGACGGCCUGUACUCUUCUCCCCAGCCAUAUCCUUGGUGUGAUGGUUCUUUAGCGUACCCUAAUCAUUAUGGUAGUCCUGGGUAUGGAUACACUGGAUAUCCCAAUUAUAUUGGUGGUGGAACGGUAGCUCCUCCGUAUGGGUACAUUGUUCCUAUGUCUUCCAGCUCCCAAGAAUCUGCAAAGUUCUUUUCGCCAACUUUGUCAUCUCAAUUUUGCUACUUUGAUGGCCUCAGUACUGAAAAGAGAAACCCGACGGAAAGGCCAAGGUCGAAGGAAAGCAAAUCAGCCAAAUUGGCUAGACAACUAAACUACUAUUUUUCAGUGGACAACCUCUGCAAAGAUCUUUAUCUUAGAGAGCACAUGGAUGAUGAGGGAUAUGUGAAUCUCAGAUUCAUUUUCGGCUUCUCCAAAGUGAAGAAUUUAGUUGGAAGGGAUUUCAAUAUAUUACGUGAAACAGCAAGGAACAUGCAGCAGUUACAAAUAGUAGGAGAUGGUAGAGAGUGCAAAGUGAGAAUUAAAGAUGGAUGGGAGAAAUGGGUGACAAUAGCUCAUCCAAGAAAAAGGCCCAGCAGAACUGUAGUGUAG